AUGUAUAUGAAAAUAAUAGUUUAUUCUAACUUAUUUAUAUUAGCUCUUAUUUCUGGUGAAGUUGAUGACAAAUGCAAACCUAAUUUAGAAAUUAAUGAUGGAACAUGUAAGCUGAUAACACAUUGUGAGGUCGCCCUAAGGUCAAUCAAAAGUAACCGACGGCAUCCCUUUGUCACUUGUGGUUAUAGUGGUUUAAACGAGAUUGUUUGUUGUCCGGACGAACAAAAAGUUAUGAUUGUACCAACAGUAAGGAAAUAUCCUUUUAACACAACAGUGAAAUCUGCAGAUGAUUAUGGUGAUGAAAGCAAUAUAACAUUUGUCGUAGCUGAAAGGGCUUGUAAAGAAAUCACCAAAAAUCGCCUACCGUCUCUUGGGUUCCAAAUAAUUAACGGUGUAGAAGCUUCUCUCGGGGAAUUCCCACACAUGGUGGCUUUAGGAUAUGGUGGACCGGACGUGUAUGAGUUCAAUUGUGGCGCUUCACUGUUGUCAGAGUUAUAUGCAUUAACAGCGGCGCACUGCGUCGACACACUGACUCAAAUUAGACCAACUAUAGCUCGUAUGGGUGUCGUUGAACUUGGUGAGAAGACGUUUAAUCCUAACACGGACUACAGGAUAACAGAUAUAUUGAUACACUCAGGUUACUCGAGACGCACAAAAUAUCAUGAUAUAUCAUUAUUGAGAAUAGAGAGACCAGUCCAAUUUGAUCCUUUUUUAAGUCCAAUAUGCUUGCACACGAGUUUUCAAGAUCCAUUUGAAAGACUCACUGUAAUCGGAUGGGGAACAACAAGUAGUUCAAAACUGACAAGGAGUCAAACUCUGAUGAAAGCCGGUGUGACUGUUGUUUCAAGAAGCGAAUGUAACCAAUCAUUUAUUAACUGGCCGAAAUUGCCCAGAGGCAUAAUUGACGGACAAAUUUGCGCAGGAGACCUGAGAUCAGAUACUUGUUAUGGUGACUCUGGUGGUCCAAUGCAAUUUCCUGAUGACUACGACGGCCAGUACCGGCUCGUGGGUGUGACGUCAUUUGGUCGCGGAUGUGGAACUACAAUGCCGGGUGUCUAUACACGUGUUGCGUACUACAUUAACUGGAUAGAAAGUGUAGUAUGGCCGGCUGGUUUAAAAACAUGGACUAAUUGA